AUGGCUCUUUUGCUUCGCUCCCUGACGCUCACCGCGGCGGUUGUCCUCGCGGCCGCUGCUCUCCUCGCCGCUCUUCCCGCCGCGAGCGCCGCGGGAGUGGAUUACAGCAGGAGCGGCCUCGACUGGGAGGGCGUGUGCGAGUCGGGCGAGCGCCAGUCACCAAUCAACAUCGUGAUGGACGAGGCAACGACGGUGGACGCACCAGAGAGGUUCUCCUUGGACUAUGACUCCGCGCCCACCACUGCCACUGUCGUCAACAAGGGCUACACCGUCCAGGUGGUCCCUAACCCCGCCCACACUUACAAGCUGCACAUUGCCAGCGGAACCUAUGACCUGAAGCAGGUGCACGUGCACGCCUUCUCAGAGCAUGCCAUCAACGGGCUCUUCGCACCCAUGGAGGCGCACUUCGUGCACGCGCUUGUGGACGACCCCUCCAAGCUGGCUGUUGUGGGCGUUAUGAUACGUCUACAGCGCGACGACCGUGCCAGUGAUUGGGUCGACUCGUGGUUGGGCAGCACCCCCUCAGCGGUGAACGGGACAGCCACCAUUGAUAUCCCCAAGAACUUCUGGAGGCAGAUGGUGGAUGUGUCCAUGGGAUUCUGGCGCUACCCCGGCUCGCUCACCACACCGGGAUGCGAUGAGAUUGUGGAGUGGCAUGUGCUGCGCAAGGUUCAGUUCCUCUCCGUUGCUCAGGCUGCGAAAUUCAUGAAUCUUAUGGCCAGCAUGAACAAGGAGCGCACAAACAACCGCAUGCCCGAGCCACUCAAUGGCAGGGAGGCUCACAUGGAUCGCAGACCACUUCUAGCCGUUCUAGUACUUGCGUUGACAUCCAGCGUACACGCAUGGAACUACGUCAAGAGCGGCCAAGACUGGACGGGUGCGUGUCAAACGUCGCGCGCGCAAUCGCCGAUUAACAUCGAGCCGUCAAUGGCAAUAAAGGGCAAGGACCUACGCUUCCUCAACAUCAGCUACGCCCUCAGCAAAUCGCUCACCGUCUCCAACUUCGGCUUCACUGGAGGGGUGCAACCGCAAGCGGGAACGGAGAAUUUCAUGUACACGUCCACGGGCAAGUUUCGUCUGCUCGGCAUUCUGCUGCACGCCACGUCGGAGCACACCAUUCUCGGCGCGCCCGCGCCGCUCGAGGCGCAUUUCGUGCACGAAAACGUCGCCAACCCCGCGAAGGGCGCCAUCAUAUCCGUGAUGAUCGUGAUUCACAAGAACAACGUCCGAAACCCGUGGCUCGACAAGUGGCUGCCGUACGUUCCCAAGGCUGUGAACACGUCGGUGGCGGUGCCGGCGACGACCAACUUCAAGGAGGCACUGAACGUGAAGUACGGCUUCUGGUACUACAAAGGGUCCACCACGUACCCGCCCUGCGCGCCCAACAUCGAGUGGUUCAUCCUCAAGCGCGGCCUCUACGGCUCCGUCCAGCAGAUCGAGGGCUACAUGAACUUGCUCGCCGCAUCCAGCGGUCAGCGCACCAACAACCGUCUCCCUAGGCCAAUCAACGGCCAGCCCAGCUCUAAUAUAGCAGUCCCCGUUCUUCCUGCUCUCGUUGGAUCCAACGGCAACAUGCAAGAGCCACGCACCCAAGGACCAAGGCACGCAGACGAGACAGAGCAGCAGGCCCGCCGCGAAUCCAAAUCGCCACCACCUGCGUCAACGCUGUCGCGAGAUGAAGCGUCUCUGAGGAGCAGCAAGGCCCCCACCCCUCCCGCUGGUGCCCUUCCACGCGCCACCUCAGCACCUAUGCCUGCUUCUUCCACGCCUCCUGCUAAGGAGAAAACGACCGUUGCGAAGCCAGGCAGCAAGAGCCUGGCUGAGCUUGUGAGGGAUACGGAUCUGGAGCCGGACGAGGAGGUUGUUAGGUACGGCGAGAUGAAGGACUAUGUUGAGGCGAUGGCUAAGGCUCGCUCUCCUGGAAAGGGUGCUGCUGAGAGUGGGAAGGAGGGAAAAGGGAGCAGUAGCGGUGCUGUUUUGAAGACUGAGGGGAUUCACGCCAUUCCAGAUGAGGAGAAGCGCCAUCUCCCUCCCCGAUUUCCAAACCGCAACGAUCGAGUGAAACGUGCAUCUGCAUCUGCCGAAUUCCCGCACCACGCGAUCAUGGAGAAGGUCAAGGAGAUCUUCGGCGGAGAGAAGAAGCGAGAGGAGCCUCGCGAGGGCGAGUACGGAUACGGCUCGCGCGGAACAGCUUCAGGCGAGCCAGAAUAUGGUGGCCACGGACAGCAGCGUCGCGGGCACGAGUACGAGCGGGAAACACCCAGCUACGGCGGCGGAUCUACUGAACGCUCGGGAUAUUCCGGUGUGACAGGUCGCGAGAGAGGCACUGAGUAUGGCGGCACGGGCCCGACUGGCUAUGGUGGUGAAACUGGCUACGGCGGCGAAACUGGCUAUGGAACCUUCUCCGGAGGUGAAGGCAAAGCCGGUGGGCGUCAUCAUCAUGGCACUCGCGAAGAGACUACUGGCUAUGGUGGAACUACGGGAUACGGAGGGACGACUGGGGGAGGUAAUACGGCUGGAUACGGCGGCACGACUGGCGGAGGUACAACUGGAUAUGGCGGCACGGCUGGGGGAGGUACAACUGGAUAUGGUGGCACGACUGGUGGAGGCACAGCUGGGUACGGAGAACUUCAUGGGGAGCGCGGAUAUGGGGAGCGCGGAUACGGGGGACGCGAGGAACGUCUUGGAGGUCGUGAAUACGGUGAAGAACGCGAGACCGAGGAAGAGAAGAUGCGCAAGGAGUACGAGGGGCACAAACGCGGAGAGCGCAUCGGUGAGGCGAUUGCUGCCGGUGCUGCUGCGUAUGCGGCUCACGAACGGCAUGAGAGGAAGGAGGACGAGGAGGAUAUCAAGGAAAGGCAGAGGGAGGCUGAGGGCGGUCACAAGAAACAUGGCUGGUUUGGCUAG